AUGCUCAAGCUCAGGAGGCCACCCUGCUUCUCGCAGCUUUGUGCAGCGCAGCGAGUCGUGAGCCAGAGCGCCUUCGCCUUCCUCUUUUCCGAGAUGAUUCAGUACUCGCAGACGCGGGUCAACACUGCCGAUGAGCUCAUCGCAAAGCUCGAGGACGCCGGCGUCGGCGUGGGCAGGCGCGCGCUGGAGCUUGCUUGCUGGCGCGAGAGGAGCUCAAAGCGAGAGACGCGCGCGCUGUGGAAGUCGCUGUUUGGCGCGCACGCCGACAGCCUGCAGAAAGUCCAGGACUCGGACGACGAAUUCAUGAUUGUGGAAAAGGAGCCGCUCGUGAAUGCCUUCAUCUCCUCCGCGCCCGUCAACUGCGCUGCGUUUGUCGCCGGCGGCCGCACACCCUCACCGCCCGAGUCGGGGCGGCUGGGAAGGCGACUCGCGGCGGCGCAGUUCCCAGCAGAGGUGUCCGCGCACGACAACGAGGAGGGGGCGACCGUGCUGCUCAUCAAAUUCGCGCCCGAGGUGCUUGAGCGGGAGAAGAGGCAGGCAUGA